GCUGCUCUUGCCGGUGGUGUCGGCGAUGUACGCGGGCAGGAAGAGGAGGAAGCCGGUGCCCAAGAGCCCCAAAGCCGCCCCUGCCGAGGGUGUGAAGUCCAACCCCUCCAAGCGGCACCGGGAGCGGCUGAACCAGGAGCUGAGCAAGCUGACGGGGCUGCUGCCCUUCCCCGAGGAUGUGCGCUCCAGGCUGGAUAAACUCUCCAUCCUCCGCCUGGCCGUGGGCUACCUGAGGGUGAAGAGCUACCUGAGGGCCACAGCUCCAAAUGUUGGCAACUGCGUGGAUCAGCCCAGACACCCAGGAGGGGACAGAUGGACGGAGCUGCAGGGUGACAGGGAGCUGUUCCCUGAGGGAGAGCUGCUGCUCCAGGCACUCAAUGGAUUUGUCAUCGCCGUGACCGGGGACGGAUACAUCUUCUACAUCUCCCCCACCGUGCAGGACUACCUGGGCUUCCACCAGUCAGAUCUCAUCUACCAGAGCGUGUACGAGCUGAUCCAUGCGGACGACAGGGCCUCCUUCCGCCGCCAGCUGCACGGGCCCCCAGUGCAUGCUGCUGACACUUUUCCCCCUGAGCAGCCGCUGCUGGCCGGCUCGCAGCGCCUCCGUGCUGAGAAGCAAUCCUUUGUGGAGAGGAGCUUCACCUGCCGCUUCCGCUGCCUGCUGGAUAACUCCUCGGGAUUCCUGGCCUUGAAUUUCCGUGGGCGCCUGAAGUUCCUUCUUGGGCAGCAGAAGUCAGCAGCAGACAAGUCCCCGGUUGCUCUCUUUGCCAUUGCCACACUCCUCCAGCCUCUCUCCAUCCUGGAGCUCCGGACCAAAACGCUGAUCUUCCAGACAAAGCACAAGCUGGACUUCACUCCCAUGGCCUGCGAUUCCCGGGGGAAGGUUGUCCUGGGAUACACGGAGGUGGAGCUGUGCAGGAGGGGAUCCGGAUACCAGUUUGUGCACGCGGCCGACAUGAUGCACUGCGCAGAGCACCACGUGAGAAUGAUGAAGACGGGCGAGAGCGGGCUGACGGUGUUCCGGCUGCUGACCAAGAGGGGCAGCUGGGUGUGGGUGCAGGCCAACGCACGGCUGGUCUACAAAGGGGACAGGCCCGACUGCAUCAUCGCCCGCCAGCGAGCCCUGUCGAAUGAAGAAGGGGAGGAACAUCUCCACAAGAGAAACCUGCAGCUGCCUUUCAGCUUUGCCACGGGGGAAGCAGUCUUGUAUGGGAAUGCCCUUCCUGGGUUCUUGGAUUCGUUCCAAGCCAAGGAGGAGCUGCAGGUGCAAGCAAACUCCAGCUCAGAGCAGCGCUUGGUCGACCCCAACUCUCUCCUUGGGGCCAUGAUGAAGCAGGAUGCAUCCAUAUACAACUCCCACGCGGAUAACGUGCCUCAGUUCUUCCUGCCAGGUUUCAUCCCUGAGCCUGAUGGGCUGACCCAGAAUGAGGACACCAGCAGUGCCAAGGAGGAGAGCAACUCCCUCCUGGUGGUCGUUGAAACCCUCUUUGAGAAGAGUGAGGUGGAUGGAAACGUCUGCCAGAGCCUGAAUGUGGGCAGCACGGAGCUGCAGCAGUGGGAGGAGGCUGUGCUCAGCCUGGGGGCACAGGAGGAGCCACCAGCUCAGGGGCUUGGCACCAAGGUGCCAUCCUGCGUGGGGCAGGUGCUCCUCAGGGAGGGUGCUGGAAAGAGCCUGGAGUUCCCACGCUGCCAUGGGGAAAGCAGUGCUGUGGCUCACUUCCAGCGCUGCUGGGCAGCUGGCUCAGCAUUCCCAGCAGAGCCCCAGGCAGCGGGCACAUGGGGAGGCCAGGGGGCUGUGGGCUCCAUGGGCUCUGCUCCCUCUGAGGGCAGCUUUGCCCAGCCAGAGCAGCAGGUCCCGUUCAACCCAACCAUGCUGGUGGCAGGGACUGUGCUGGGUGUCCCCAUGUCCAGCAGCAAAUCCUCUGCAGCACUGCAGCUAGCAAACCAAGCCCUUCAGGCAGAAGCCACCCUCUCUGCUCCUGUAGAUAACACUCUUCCUGCUGCUCAGAGCCAGCCUGGGUGCCAGCUGGUGCACUCAAACACCUUGGGGACUCUGUGCCACAGUGUCCCCCUCCAGGCAAACCCAGCCACUUGCCCAUCAGAGGCUUCGCUGGCCGUAGCUCCAAAACAGCUGGAAGCUGCAGGAGCAUACCUGGAGUCCCAGACUCUGCCAGGUGGCAGCCCUGAGAAUCCCCCAGAGGCUGGGCUGUGGCUGCCACCCCCCUCCCAAGCUUUUCCUUGCCCUGCCCAGGGCUUGCAUGAGUCCCUGUUCUCUGGGGAUGGGAAGCUCUGUGAGGUGGAGGUUGCUCUCCCUGCCCCCUUAGGAGCCAGGCAGCUGCCAGGGCAUGGUGGCUUCCCCAAACAGCCCCUGGCAGGCCAUGCAGAGCCCAGCUUUUCCUGGGAGGGGCAGCAGGCAGUGCCCCGAGAGGAGAAGUGGUUCUCACAGCCGUGGCUCCUGCAGGCUGGGGCAGCUCCAGUGCACCACAGCGGGCUCCAGCCGGGCUCCAGCACGGAUCCCAGUGCCCACCAGAUGGACUGCAUUGUGCUGUCCGAGUGCCAGUAUGGAAACAGCCUUUUCAGGCAUGACAGCAUGUUCCUGAGGGAUGCUGCAAACACCCCUUCCCCAGCAGCCAGGUGCUUUGCCUUGCCCUGCUGAGAACCGCCCUGGAGCACCCUGCUCCUCACCAGGCUCGGUUCCAAGGUGCUCAGCAGCUCUCCCUGUGAAGGUGGGUGCAGGAGCCCCCCUGUGCUCCGGGCAGGGCCCUGGCUGCCCAUCAGUUCCCCUCUCAGCUGG